UCCCCUCCCGAUCAUGUGAUUCAGGUGUUCCAAUCCCCUCCAUAUCAUGUGAUUCAGGUGUUCCAAUCCCCUCCAUAUCAUGUGAUUCAGGUGUUCCAAUCCCCUCCAUAUCAUGUGAUUCAGGGGUUCCAAUCCCCUCCCGAUCAUGUGAUUCAGGUGCUCCCAUCCCUUCCAUAUCACGUGAUUCAGGUGUUCCAAUCCCCUCCCAAUCAUGUGAUUCAGGUGUUCCAAUCCCUUCCAUAUCAUGUGAUUCAGGUGCUCCAAUCCCCUCCAUAUCAUAGUCAUUAGCUAAAGACCUCCAAACUUGGUGUGGCCUUCAGAUGAGCCCAACAACAGUGCGUAGAGAGCUUCAUGGAAUGGGUUUCCAUGGC